UGUUUUAUGUAGCCUUACCGGAGGAUAUAAAAAGUUAAUCGAUUUAGAUAUAGUGUUGUGACGUUUAUCAUAAUAAUAAUGAUAGCUAUCGGUUUUAAUCCUCGUUAGCAUUAUCUAUUUGUCGUAUUGAAUAUUCGGACAGUGUUGCGGACCAAAAUAUGAUUUACUUUACGUGGGCUUGCGGUUGGCAUCGCCGCACCCCAUCACUCUUUAAUGCAAUUAAAUUAAAAUAAAAAGCCAAAAUAAAAAUGGCAGAAGAGAGUGAUAGAAGGGCUAGUUUUAUGAGCCCUGAACCCGAUAUUGUAGAAAUAAAAGAAAGCGUUGACCAUAGUGUUAGAACUGAUAGAAGGGCUAGUUUUAUUAGUCCAGAUGCAUCAAACAGAAAAGUUAGCAUAGCCGAAGAGAAUUUGGAUAAUGGAUCAAACAGAAAAGGCAGUAUUGCACCAAAUGCUAGUAGAAAAGGCAGUCAUCCAAGAAAAGGGAGUGUUUUUGAGAAGCCCAUCGAUUUGGACGACGUCUUGAUCAACGAGUUGGGCCAGUUCGGCCGCUACCAGUUCCAUAGCUUGCUUUUGGUCGCCAUUCCCAUCAUCAUGUCCGCUUUCAUGAGCGAAUAUAUCUUCUCCGCAGCUGCCAUCCCGCACAGAUGCUUGAUUCCUGAAUGUGGGGAGACUACAGAAAAUGCAGUGUACGACAACCCUAUCACAGCUGGCGCCUACCCCGAAGGUGAGAGCUGCGAGCGGUAUGUUCCACUUGGAAACGGAACCUUGAACUUUUGCCCCAGCUUGCUCUUCCACCCGAACACCACCAUCGAGUGUGAUACUUAUGUGUAUGACAGGACCAACUCCGUGGUAUAUGAGUUCGACCUCGGCUGCACAGACUGGCUUCGUGUUCUGGCAGGUACGCUCAACAGCGUGGGCACUCUUCUGGUGCUGCCUAUCACCGGCUACAUCUCCGACCGCUUCGGCCGUCGCGUGGCUCUCAUCAUCAGCGUCUUCAACCUCGGCCUGAUCGGCCUUAUCCGCGCCUUUUCCGUGAACUACCCCAUGUACCUCGCCUUGCAAUUGCUUCAGACAACUCUCGGUGCAGGGACUUUCAGUUCUUCUUAUAUUAUAUUAACUGAACUGGUGGGUCCCAAAUACCGAGUGGUUACGAGUGCUACGUGCUCCUCCAUGUUCGCUGUGGGCCAAGUUGUCAUGGGCGCCGUAGCCUGGGCCGUCCAGCCUUGGCGCUACUUCAUCAUGACGCUCCAUAUACCUUGCUUCCUCAUCGUGUCCUACUACUGGUUCCUCAAUGAGAGCGUCAGGUGGCUGCUGUCCAAGGAGAAAUAUACUGAAGCGAGAACUGUUUUGGAAAAAGUAGCUAGGGUGAACAAGAAGCAAAUUAGUGAGAAAUCUAUGCAAGCUUUGAUGAACCCACCAACUUUGCCAUUGCCAGCUGAUGAUGGUAACUCACCAGGCCUCAUCUCCACCAUAGUCCACUCCCGCGUGCUGCUCCGCCGCGUCUGCACCACGCCCAUCUGGUGGAUCACCACCACGUUCGUGUACUACGGGCUCUCCAUCAACUCCACCAGCCUGUCCUCCACCAACAUGUACCUCAACUACAUCCUCACCUGCGCCAUCGAGAUCCCGGGGUUCUACACGGCGGUCCUCGUGUUGGACCGCAUCGGGAGGAAGGCCACCUUGUCCUCCGGCUUCUUCCUCAGCGCGGCGUGCAACAUCGCCUUCUCUUUUAUUCCUGAGGACCUGUCAAUCCUAAGCCUGUGCGUGUUCCUGCUGGGCAAGUUCGGCAUCUCCGUGGUGUUCACGUCGCUGUACCUGUUCACGUCGGAGCUGUACCCCACGCAGUUCCGCCACACGCUGCUCGCCUUCUCCUCCAUGAUCGGCAGGAUUGGCUCCAUCACGGCGCCGCUUACACCCCAACUCGCUGAGUAUUGGGGCGGCAUUCCCACGAUGAUGUUUGGAGUCAUGGGCCUGAUCUCCGGGCUGCUGGUCCUCACGCAGCCCGAGACCCUGGGCACUCGGAUGCCUGACACCCUCGCUGAAGCAGAGGCUAUCGGCAAGCCAGAGUCCAAGAUCAAAAGGACCACGUGAUACCCCCUACUACCGAUACGUAAUCUCGCAACAUUGUCGGGUUUGCACAUUUGUCGGCGAAUUUGCCAUCAUGAUUUUGUUAUUUUGAUUACCUAUAUACAUUUUAAUAAGCGUAUUGUUAAGAAUUACAAGUAAAAUAUCCCUAACAUUGA